GGCCCGGCGAGGCCAGGCGCGAGGGGAGCAGCCUGGGCGCGUCGCCUCCCGGUCCAUGCCCUGCGCCGCCUCCCGCCGGGCACCCCGGAGCAGCCUCGCUUCGCCCGCCCGGCCGCCCGCCUUCCUCCUCCUCCUCCUCCUCGCUCCAGCUCCGCGCGCCGCGCCGUCGAGCCUCGCCGAGUUGCUCCUCCCGCCCGGGCCCGGCCUCGCCCCUCCUCCUGCCCGCUUUGCCCGCGCUCGGCCAGGCACGUCUGAGGCGCCCGGCGCCGCGUCUCCCUCCCCGGGCAGAGCCGGGCUUCCCACAAGAUGGCGGGGUCGGUGGCCGAGAGGGACGCGGUGGUGAGUGGCACCUGGUCGGGCUCCGGGCUCCGCAGGGGGGGGGGCUCUCGCCGGGAUCCCUCCUCCCCCGCCGCCAGGUGGGCGCUUGAAGGGGGGGGCGGAAUACCUGUCUGCGGUGGCGGGAGGAUCCCGCGCCCACGAAGCGCGUGAGGGAAAGGGAGCCGGGGGCUUCGGCCCUUCUUCUUCUUGCCCUGCCAGCCUCCAGGUGCGAGAUCUGGGCAGGCCCGCUCCAUCUCCGGGGACGGAGCAGCAUGGAUUUCUCUGCUACCUGGAGCACUUGCUGGGAAAUCGCGAGAAGCGGGCGACACCCUUUGUUGUGCAAAGGGGCUGGAGGGAAAUAGGGAUUCUCGCUCCGACUUGAAAUGAAAUGGGCGCUCUCUGUUGCUCCCCGGGUGCCCCUUCUCUCUCCCCGGGGGCGGAAUACAAAGGGGGCCUUCUGCUUCUUGAGUGUGCGCUUGUUUUUGUCUCCAGAAAAUAGAAGACGGGCAUUUGAACAACUCACUGGGAUCUCCUGUGCAAGCAGAAGUGUAUUUUCCACGCCUGGUAAUGUUUUUCCCCCCAUUUCCUUUUUUUGAUGCCUUCUCCUCCCUUCUUCCCUCUCCCUGUAUUGUGAUUUAGCCCUUUCUGCCCCGAUGGUAUAAGCGGCUGUUCAUUCUGAAUCCUUGCAAUCCUUUUCCAGAUUGUCCCAUUCUGUGGGCACAUCAAAGGAGGAAUGAGGCCGGGCAAGAAGAUCUUGGUAAUGGGCAUUGUGGAUCUCAACCCAGAGAGGUAAUAAGACAAGACGGAAGGCUUUUGUUUUCCACUGGCCCAGUUUCUGUCUUCAGUCUAUCUAAGGUCUGCAAGAAAAGCUGUGUUUGCAUAAAAAUAAAAAGAAUGUGCUUGCCAAACACCCAUCAUUUCUCAAGACAAGCUAUUUUUAUCUGCAAUGUAAAUAUAGAAUGCUGCUUUCUCCUUUGACCCAUGGCAGCGGAUGUAUUUAUAUAAGGGAAGGUCAUUGUUUCCCAAAAUUUCAUGUGGCCUCUGUAAGGGCUGCUUCACGCGUGAUAUGUUUUCUAAGUGGAGAUCAUCUCCAUGCGGGUUUUUUUUGGGGGGGGGGGAGGAGACAUAGGAGCCAACUUCUGGGGGGAGGGGUCUUUGCCUCCCAUAAAAUAUUUCAGGGGACCAACCCCUGCAAUGUUGAUGGGCAUUGCCAUUCAAAUAGUGUGCAUGCACCAUGUCAUGUGAUGCAGGGUGGGGCUUACCUGCUCCCUCACCCCCGCCAUAUUUUAUUCAAGUCGGCACCCCGGCAGGAGAAGCAUAUAAUAUACAAAGUGACUGUAAAAAAAAGAUUAGGGAGCCUAGCAGGAAAACGUGCCUACACACAUACUAUACCUAUGUGCCAGCUGUUGUCAAUACCAGUAAAAUGUAUUUGUACAGGCUUAGAAGCCAAGUGUGCUACAUCCUGGAUUUUAUUGCUUUAUUUUGGGUGAAUGAGUGGGCUACUGUUCCCAUUACAGUUUUGACAUCAGUCUCACAUGUGGGGACUCAGAGGAUCCUCCUGCUGACGUAGCUAUUGAACUGAAAGCCAUAUUCUCGGACAGACAGUUUCUCAGGAAUUCUUGUGUAUCUGGUGAAUGGGGAGAAGAACAAUCAUCUCUUCCUUACUUUCCAUUUAUUCCAGACCAGCCCUUUAGGGUAAGUACUUUAUAAAAUUUAUAAAAUAGUUGUGUGUAAUUGAUGGAAGUGCUUUUGGUGUUUAUUUUUAAAAAUAAUAAUACUCUAUUUGCAUAUUGAAAAGAACAUUGAGCCACAAAAAUCUCUGCCCAUCUGAGUAUUUUAGAAAGGCACAGAUUCAAAGCUACUGAUUUAAUCUAUGCAUACAAAUUUGAUGUUAUGCUAGUUUGUGUGUCAUGCAUGGCAACUCAUCUGAACAGUCAAGAAACCCCAGAUGGUAAUAUUAAAGAUGGUAAUAUUUAGUGGUAUAGCAAACUUUCUGGGUUUGGUAAUUACAACCAUAAGUUAAAAGCACUCUAAAAUUAUGCCUAGGUUUGAAAUGGCUACUAUAUAAUUCAUGCUACUGCUUCCAUGCCUCCUGGGGUGCGUAUGUGUAGGCACAUGCGCGCACAUGCACACACACAAAAUUAGCUGAUGAAUGUUCAUACAAUCCAGCUGAGUUUCUCCCUGGCUGACUGCUGCUUAUUAUGUCCAUAGCAGGCACAGGAAUAAUGAAUAAACAAAUGCAGCUCCAUGAAAAGUUCUUCAUCUUUUUUCUGCUUCAUGCCACCUCCAUUUUUACUAUAAAAAAGAGAGUGGGUUUUUAGUAACAGUUGGGCUAAGACAACUUACGGGCAGAAGCAGACUUGCAAGUUUGGAUGUUAUGCAUUGGGUUUGGAGCAUCUGAGCACAGACAUCUGUUUGCAGUGUAUCACUUUCAAAGGACAGUGUCACAAUACAUCAGAAACCACUUUGGCCUCGUGAGGGGUUGUCUUGGGUCCAGACAUCAGCAAAGCAAAUAAUGCUCCAACAGCAUUGUGAUCAGUGUGGGAGCUUGUUUUCUUUCCCCUUUGGCCUUCACAGAGGCUUCUAUAAGGCAGGGAAUGGGGGCAUACUUCUGAGGCCAGUUUGCAACCAUCCUUUAAACUGUAAGAAGAGUCUCCUAGCAGUUUAAAGGAUUGUGUGGGCAGGGGAGAAUUUGGACUCAGAAAAUGAGUGUCUGAAGGUAUUAUCCGAGGCAUCUAAACUUUAAAGGGGCUGUUCUUUGACCCCAGGUCCUCCCUGUAUAGGGAAAGUGAUUUGCAGGCUACUUGCUUUACUUCAGCCAAAUGGUCAAACAGCAAGUUGUGUGUUAAAUGCAUAAUUGCACUGAAUGUAAUGCAUUUCUAAAAAACAAAAAAAAAUUGUCCCAAGAUCCAUUCAGGAUCAUGACUUCACUGUGUGGGGAGAAGUUUUUAACCUUUUCUCUUCAUGCUCCAGUACACUUUCCCCCAAAUCAUCCCCUAAUAGCAUCUUCUCUACUCGGUGCAAAUAGGAAUUAGAGAUGGGACAACUUUCAUUGGUACAUGCGGUUAAAAGGUUAAACAACCCUCCAUGUACACUCUAGUCCUGGUUCUACAUACCUGCCACCUUGCAGCUGCUACUUAAAAGAACAAUAGCAACAGACGUGUUAAAUGCAAUCACAGAUAAUAUUAAUCUUGGCUCUAAAUCUCUCUUCUGAUCACCGGUGUGCUACUCUUUGUUUCUAGGCAACCAGAGGCCUGAACAUCGGCACAGACCUAAUUUUUUGUAGUUUUUGAAGAGUGGCUAGUGUGUGUGUGGAAAAUAUAUUUGCCUUAAAAAAAUGUUUAUUCAAUUUAUAUUCCACCUUUCCUGGAAGGAGCUCUAGGUGGCAUACAGUUCUCCCUCUCCCCGUUUUAUUAUUUAUUUUGUAAAAAAAAUCCAAGAUUUUUCUGCACAUUUGAGUGAGCCUUCCCACUAUGCAGGGUCCUAUUCAGGCUCUCACCCUGCAAUUACUUUAUUGUUUUGGUGUCUAAAGUACCCACAAAUUGGACACCCACUUUGUGAAUAGGCAGUGGUAUCCCAUCCAGGACAUGAUGGAAUGCAGGGCAGGACAGGGAAGAGCAUCUCUAGUAUAGUGGUUAUAAGUUUAUGUUUACAAUCUGCAGCUGGAUUCCUUUGUCUUGAAUAGCAGUAGGGAAAGUAAAUUACAUGAAUAGUGCAGCCUGGGAUUAUGGGAUUUCUAGCCAGUUUGAGGAGGCAGCAGACAAUUCAUUCUACUGUAGGCCACAUUUAUUACUUUUUCCUUAGGAAUAGGAGAGUGUCCAGAGGAAAACUUGUGAGAAAGACAUAUUUAAAGUGAUACUUAGCAUUGAUGCUUAUUGUUGUAAUGCAUCCUUUACGAAGUGUGAUUUAAAUUGCAGGGUAAAUGGCAGUCAGCUUUUGAGGUCAAAUCAGGAUAAAGCUUAUCUGAGUCCAUCUAUCCAGGCCACAGGCACAUCCUGCAUGAGCUUUCUCUGGCGCUUUGGAGUUUGGAAGCAAGGCUGUGCAUAUGCCAGGCAUACAAAGCACUGUGUUUUGUGCACUUUGAGAUACUAAGGCUGGGAAUGUUUGUCCUCCAGUAUAUUGUUUACUGGGCUUAAAGACAAUCCAAUUGCACCAUGACCUUGUGUUAAAUUAGUUUUAGCCACCAUUCAAUUUCUUGUUUUGUUUUGUUUCUGUGGGAUGGCUAGAAUGCUGGAUUUGUAUGAGGGAGAAUCAGGAAUACAUCCCCACUCAGGCUCUUUGCAGAUUGAUAGAUUGAUUUGUUUGUUCAACAUAUUUAGUAGCCAGUCUUUAACCAUGGCAAAAACAUAUGAUGGAAAACAUAACAAUACAGUAAAGUAAUAACAAUCUAAUCAACAACAAUAAAUGUAAAAUACAGCAGGCAAUUAAAAUCUAAUGUAAAAAUGAAUACAGUGUUGAAACAGCCUGCCUCCUGUCCCCAAUUGUGUAAUUUCAGUUGGCAGAAGACCAGGGCCUCUAAAGCCAAUCUUGAUGGCCAGACAAGUUCAUGUGGGAAAAGAUGGUCCAUUAGAUACCCUGGUUCCAAACAUUUUAGCACUUUUAGGUUAAAACUAGCACUGUGCUUGGAAAAUCACUCAUAGUCAUUGUAGCUGCUCCUCCACCCGGCUAGCCUCAGCUAACAUAUCUGCAGUGUCUGAACAGUCUCCAAAGGCAGCUAACUGCUCACUGCAGUAAGUAGUCUAAACAAGUUGCAAUGAAAACAUCUUAUUUUCACUUGAGAAGUUGUAUUUUCUUUUCAUUGGUUGCAGUGACCCAGAAAACCUUUUCCUACUCUACAAGCAUAUUUCCCAAAGCCUACUGGUUGUAUUCAACUAACCUUUACUCACAGUAGACCCAUUGAAACAAAUGGCCAUUACUAACUUGGGUUCCUUAAUUUUAAUAGGUUUACUCUGAGUAACAGUCAGUUGAAUGAAACCCAAAGUGCGGAAUGGAGUUGCUGGAAAAAUACAUCCCUGCCCCACAGCUGCACCUAUUCUGUGAACUGGUAGCAAAAAGAAGGGUUUAGUGAGCCACUUUACACGUUUGGUGGGCUGUGUUAGGUAUGAUGGGUCACAAAUUGUCCCAACAAGUGCUUAUAACAUGAUUUGCAACAAGGGAUUGUGCCCUGCAAGUUUUGAGAUAGUUAAAUAUUCUGCCAUUUAAUCAACAGCAGGAUGGCUGUGUGUGUGUGUGUGUGUGUGUGUGUGUGUGUGUGUAUGUUGAGUGGCAGUGGCGUUGUCCCAGCAGCAGCAACACUUCAUUCUCAAGGAUGCAGUGAGGCAGUGGUGAGGUCAUGGGAGCUCUGAGUUGGCAUCAAAGGCAUCCACAGGUGAGCACAAACCUGUGAGAUGCCGAUAGCCCUGAGUUUCGCUGACUUUGCUGCUGCUUUGCUCUGCCCCAUACUACUAGCAAGCAGUAGUAGUACCACUGCCUCUCCACCCUGUUAACAUGCUGCUGCAUUUAAUGUACCCUUUUUAUUGCAGGUUGUGGGGGGGGGGGGCUGUUCCCUUCGGAAAGUGUGUGUUCCUGAUAUAAUAUACAUCUGUAUCAGUACCUUUUUAGAAGACCUGUCUUUUCCUCUGCAUCAAGGGCUCUUCAUGCCCCUUCUUAGAUGUGAGGAUGCAAUUUACUGGUGCUGAAUGGGGCCAAUGUUGUAUUCUCAUCACAGACAUUUCAUUAUCUGAAAAUGCCUUUAUGGGGAAGAGCCAUAGCUCAGUGGUAGAGCACAGGUUUUUCAAUAAUAAUAAUAAUAAUAAUAAUAAUAAUAAUAAUGGAAUAAAAAUAACAAUGUUGUUGGUGGCAUCUGUCUUUCUCGAGAGGCAAUGGAGUGCACUGAAAUGACCUCCGUGGGGCACAAGCCUGGGCAGUGCUUGUGGAGGUCCUGGGCUGCGCAGAUGACAAGACCCACCCCCUUGGCCUUGCUGAUGUGGUCCAAAAGAAAGCAGGGCAAUACGUUUGGCACCAGCUUGACUGCAGGGUUGCCGGAAGGAGGCAUACAAGGCGCCAUCCAACCAACUUAGGGAGUGCACUUCGGAUUUGUGUAAGCUUUACUCUUCAGUUUUUCCUUCUCCUGAAGACAUCCCGCAAGGCAGCAGAGGUUUAGGAUCAGAGUUUUCUUUCUCCCAGACGGGCUACCUUCUCAGGUUGACAAACCCCAUCUGGCCCCCCACAGCACGUGCAGAAACUGCCUUUUUGACCAUUGGGCCCACUGUUGGUCUUGUCCCCUCAGUCCUCCAGAGCCUGACUUUGCAUGCAGGGGAAGUCCCUAACUCACCUGGUUUAGCCAGCCAGUCAAAACCGUUGCCGGGAUGUGGCUGCUGUCACGUGCUGACAGCUUCUAGGAGCCGCAGGUGAGAGCUGAGUGCAGGGUGGGGACCAAAGGUGAACAAACUACCCCAGAAGGAGCAGGACAUGUCUCCCACUACCCCUCCCCCACAUGCCAUACACCCCAAUUAGCAUUUAACAGCACAUUUCAAUAAUCCUGACAGCCGUUUUGUGAUGCAGAGUACUUCAGGGGUGCAGAACGUUUGGCCCUUCAGAUGUAGCUGGAUGUCAGCUCCCAUCACCCUCACCAGGCAUGGUCAUGGCCACGGAUGAUGGGAGUUGUAGAUCAGCCAGCAACAUCUGGAGGGUCACAAACGUCCCACAACUAACUGGUGGGGGUAAAGCUAAGGUGGAUAGAUGCCAAAGAGGUCCAUCACCUUCAAUUGUUUUCUAGAAGGGGGAAUUUCGGCUGUAGUUGGUCAUCCAAGCUGCACCUGAUGACAUUCUCUCUGCUGAGUGACUGUUAAAGGUGCAGGAUCCCAUCCCUCUUUUGCAUCUUGUUGCCAUAGGUGAAGGUGGAAGAGACAGUGGGUAGCUAGGCUUGAGAUAGGAGUGAGGUGCUCAUUGGGAACCUCUUUGGCCUCAGAAGCUGGAAUAUUGUGCUUCUGAGAAUGUAGAGGUCAUCAGUAGCCAAUAUAUAUGUGAUCUUAUGUUUCGUCACACACAAAAGAAAUCUGGAAUGUGAACAAGACCGAGCUGGACUGUGGGCUUUUCAUACUACACUCCACUUCUUGAGGUGCAUUUUGCCUACUGAAUUCAGUAUCACAAUAAGCCAGUUCAUGUCAAAGGUGCUAGAGAACUUGGGUGACUGGGAUUUUAGACCUUUGAGCUUCUUCCCUUCCAAGAUUCCUAGAAAUACAUUUCUUCAAAACAUGGGUUGAUUCUUUUUUAGAACACAAUCUUAGGAUCAGAUGGACAGGACACCCCCCCCCCCCCCGUUACAUUGAUGCUUGGGGACUGAACUGUGUAUUUUUGUUGGCAACACGGCUCAGUUGGUUGGUGCUGAUAAUGCCAAAGUUGCAGGUUUGAUCCCCACAUGGGACAACAGCACAUUUCUGCAUUGCAGGGCUAGAUGAUCCUCAGGGUCCCAUCCAGCCCAUCCAACUCUAGAAUGUUAUGAUUCUAUGUAUACUGUGAUCCUGCACACCAUGUACAUUGGUAUUUACUCCCAUCUAAGCGUGUAUAGGAUUGCACUCUUAAGUGCCUUAGAAGAAUACAGUCCUGUAGUCCUAUUUUAAGUGAAGAAUUGUAGAACUUCUACUGUUGCCUUAAAUAGAGUUGGCUCUGGGCCCCUGGGCUUUUAUGGGUAAUGAAAUUUUGUGUGUGUGUGUGUUCUAUUCAUUCACAGAGAACUGUAGAAUUCUUAUAUUUCCAGUGUAGAUUCAUCUCACUUUGGACCAGGAAAGCCAAUGUUUGUCCUCGCUAGGCAAGGACCAGAGUGGGGGAUUAGCACUGUUUGUUUUGGUAAUUCAGUGCAAGUCAACCAAUAUUGUUCAAAACUCCAUACAAUGUAUUGUUUCUUUUGUUGAUGUGGUAGCAGUUGGUGUAGUGAGGCAGACCUGGAGAACAACCCUUUGGUCAUUGGUGUCAUUACCAUAGCUGUCAACGUUUCCCCUUUUUUAAAGGGAAAUUCCCUUAUUUCGAAUAGGAUUCCUCGCAAGAAAAGGGAAGUUGACAGCAAGGGUCAUUACAGCUUACUUGCACAGGCCUGCUGUGAAGCUGGGCUUUGCAGACACUUAGGCAGUCCGGCGCUGCUGCUGUGCAACCCCAGCCUUGUUCCCUCCCAGGACCUGUCGAGAUAAGCUGUAGUGAUGUUGGAUGCUGCUGUAAUGAUCUACAUUGGGAACAAGGGUGGGAGACCAGCAGCUUCUCCUAUUGACCAAAAGGCCAUUGCAGAUCCAUCCACCAAGGCAUGUGCCGCAGCAGAGGGUGGUACGUUCCUUGGAGGCUGGAUCUGCUGCCCCUGUGGAUCCUGCCGCCUGAGGCAGUCACUUUCCUUGGCCUGUGGGUGGGCUGGCCCUGGAUGCUGGUGUUGUGAACAUAAAUGAUAUGUGGACUGUGCACAACUGUAAAGUAACUUCAGAUUCGCAACCUCACACUGACUCUCAUUAUUUCUGUGCUAUUAUUUGCUUUGUCAUUGUGUCAUGGAAUUUUUGUGACCGUACUAUGCAUUCAGCAAUAUCACUACGCCUGGCAGAGUAAUGCUCCUAGGAUUUGUGAUAAUUCAUCCAUUGUUUGUUUGAGUCAGUAUUCAUCAUUUAGAAUGUACUUUCAAUUCACAAAUCAUUUUGCUGUAGCCAUUCUAUCUAGUCAUUUAGUACAUUGUCACAGUAGCUUUAUGAGGCUAUGCUCAUUCUAAAACUGCAGACCUGGGUCUGGAGCUGAGAAAAUGUCUUGGCCAAGUGUCACCCACUGGUCCUCUGAGCAGUGUUCUCAGAUCCACAUUAAAUGCACUGGAUUAUAGUGAUUUUGAUCCAUAACUGGGUGUUUAUUGACUGGAUUUAAACUAUUCUGUAAAGCAGUGACCUAACCCCACAGAUGCUCUAAGCAGUAUAAAAUUGACUAUGGUUCCCAUAAUGGUGAUAUUUAUGUUCUGUGAAAUGCUCCUCCCAGUUCCAACUGUGAUUCUGGUUCAUAACAUUUCUUUCUUACAGGUUGAAAUACUUUGUGAACACCCUCGUUUUAGAAUAUUCGUGGAUGGACACCAGCUUUUUGAUUUUUACCACCGCAUUGAGAAGUUGUCAGCUAUUGAUACGAUAAAGAUAAAUGGGGAUCUCCAACUUACUAAACUUGGUUGACCUUGUUUUCAUAUUCAAAAGCAAAAACAAUCAGAUAAAGAUAAAAACCAAAAUUUUAGAUUCCAAAUUGGCUCAGAUGCCGUCCACAUCUGUCUGAAGGAGCAGAGACGAGCAACCCUUGAGCAAUUUCCCUCUAGGGCAGGCACCAACGUUUUGCUCCCAUAAGCAGCAAAGAACAUACUGACGGACUGAAAUACUGUUUAUCCUAAUGAAGAAAGCAAUUGAUGAUUACUUGAGACUGAGCCGUGCCCCAUUUUUCUUUGGCACUAAAUAGCCUAUGCCUGCUGGAUAAUCAAAUUAUAGUGGAUCCUGAAAGAGUUACUUCAUUGUCUAUAAACUGCAGAAGCUAUUGACAGGGCAGUUUUAAGUGCUAAAUGUAUUAUUAAAUGACAAGGGAAUCGUUUUCUUUUGGAAAUAUUUCUCCUGCACUUAAGUGGGUUAAUGUAAGUGUAACACAGAUCACAAAGAGGGUUAAAUGUGGAAGUCAUUAUUCAGUGCCUAAUGCUGGUCUCCUGAACACCAGUGACAAAAAGUCCUGUGGACUCUAAUGGCAUGUGAUCAGCUAGACACCAUGGCUCUGUCCUGUCUCAACACACACAUCCCAUUGAAUCAAGUGGACUUGGGUGUGUUUAAUUGUGCAUUGGAUUGCAGCCAGUUACCAUUGUGGUUUCUACUUUGGGGGAGUUCGUUGUCCAGGGAAAAGUCAAAACUGAGUAAUGGCUUCUGGAUUUGGCUUUCAUAUGAUAGUCAGGGUAUGUGCAUAGAAUGUAGGUCAUUAAAUGUUUUUGCACAAUAGAAUAUUAAUACAAUUUUUUAAAGCUUCUAGUUUAUUUAUUGAUACCCAUUGUGUUAAAGUUCUAACUGCAAAACUGAACAAUAUAACUGAGAUUUAAGAGCGGCAAAGUAUUUCUGAAUGUACAAGUGUUCUUUGGGCAAAUAUUAACAUAUCAUUUCGGAAAUAUGUCCUCUUUGUCUUUGGGCACUUGGUGGAAUCAUUGUUCACAGAACCUUGGUUUGUACAUGUCUUCACUGGAAACUACUUUCAAUAUGUUGUUAAAUCUGCUGUAAAUGAUAAGGUCAGAACUGAUGGGAUGUUUUGAGGGGACGAGGGUCCCAUGCACACACAGGAACAGAAGUUUCUAGGUUUAUUGGUGUGCCUCAGUUGCAGUUUUGUACCCACUUAAGUGGGUGGGAGUAAGCCCCACUGAACUCAGUGGGACUUAUUUCUAAAUUGACAUGUAUAGGGUUGCGUUGUUAGACCUUGAGGAUACAACUGUCUUCUGCAGACUAGUAACUUUUCGUGGCUACUGUCAUGGGUGUGGGAGAGAAUAGAAUUCUCAGCACAUCUAAGGACAAAAAAUAGCCUUUUAAAAUGGCUCAGUUAAUAAUGUAUCAGAUACCUUCACUUAGGCCAGUGGUGGUCAAACUUGGCCCUCCAGCUGUUUUGAGACUACAAUUCCCAUCAUCCCUGACCACUGGUCCUGUUAGCUAGGGAUGAUGGGAGUUGUAGUCCAAAAACAGCUGGAGGGUCAAGUUUGGCCACCACUGACCUAGGCAAUAGCUCUUAGUGGUAGAGAUGAGCGCCACUCCCCCAUAGUCAUCCUGAACUUAACCAUCCAGGGGUCCUUUACCUUUACCAUAUAACUGCAUUGUCCAUAUGAUUACACGGCCCAGUGAAAUGUACCCCUCUGUCAAUGUUUCACAGUGGGUUUCCGAGGCCUUGUUUGGGUGUUUACAAUCUGAGGAAUGGACAUGUCUUAUUUUUAACACAUGUAUUAUAGUGACUUUUAAAUAUGUUUAUUAUGGAGACUUUUUGUAGCGUAAUGUUUUUUAAAACACCAAAAGAGGUAACAAAAUGAACUUAUGCUUAAAUCAAUCAAUCAAUCAAUCAAUCAAUCAAUCAAAGCUGGGACCUUCUUGUUUGAGAUAUUUUUUUAAAAAAGAUUAACCACUCCUCUGCAUCACUCCAUCAUCUUAGUAGGUGAAGUACUAGAAGUUCUAGGUUUAGUCAGUUCACAUGGAAUUCAUUUUAGUGAGGAGACGGGGCCAAAAUUUCUUUCAUACACACUCUGUAAAACUGGAGUGGUGCUAAGAAGAUUCUGCUAUUCACCUGUGUGUAGCCUCUGCUCAGGCCCAGCAAAAGUUUACAGUGCCAUAUUCUGAAGUUCUGCUCUAUUACAAGUGACAGAUUGGCUAGUCUGAGGUUAAAAAAGCCAUUACAUUAUCCCCAGAUCUGCCUACUUCACCUACUAAGGUUGGCAGCAUCACCCUCCCCUUCCUGGGGCACCUUGCAUUGCAGAGUUAGGUGGGGCUUAUAAGAAACAGCAGUGGAUAGCAUGGAAUAAGUUUUCUGCUUGUGUUUUAAUGGACAUAAGAAAGGGAUACAAAGAACCCCCUCAAGCAAGGAUCACAGCAGAAAGGAGUAAUCAAGAGCAGUAAUAGGUCCCACUGAAUGUUAUGAGAAUAAUUUCCAAGUCAGCAUGAUUAGAAUUGUGUUUUAAGACUACAAUCCUAUGCAGAUUUACUAUGGGUUCAGCCCUUCAGUGUUCAGUGGUACGUACUUCCAACAUGAAUAGGAGCAGGGUACAAUACGAUACGCUGCAGUCUUAUUGGGAGUAGACCCUGUUGCAGUAAAUCAGAAUUAUUUCUGGGUAAACAAGGCUAGGAUCAGGCUGCAUAUAUUUAAAUCAUAAUGUCCACUGAAUUUUAUCUCUCUUUCUCCUGUAUGCAGUAAAUACUGUGUUGAUAAACAACACACCCCAUCUGAGUUAAUGUAAGAAUAUGCACAGAGUUGCUGUAUUUGAGUUUGUGAUUGCAUACUCUUACAGCAAUUCAAAAGUGUUCUGCAUCUUUAAUUGAGUAGUAUAUGUUGUGAUUAUGAUACAAACCUCCCAGCCCUUACAGAGUUUGUGGAUUAGACACUUUGUACACUAAAAACUUGGGGGAACUGAACCAGAAUUCCUGGAACUGCAUGAAUGUGUGACUAGACUUUUAAGCAUGCAAGUAUUCACCUUGAAAUCAAUGUCAGGCCAAGUACCUGACUGAAUCUCACUUGCACUGUGGAGAUGAACAGAACAGACCCUGCAUGAAGCGCAUCUCCAGAUGUCUCCAUCUCCUUCACCUUUAUCAUUGUGGGCAUAGCUAUAUUUCUGUCUCUGCUGCAUAUGUUAUUACCACUCCUCAGACAUCAAGAUAAUUAAUGUCCCCUGUGAUUUUGCAAUAUUGUUCUGCUGUGCUACUGUUGCAAACACCCAUGAGAAGUAAUUAGAAUGAGGCAAUUCAAAAAUUUAAACGGGAAACCUUUGACUGUUUCCUUGAUUCCACCCGUCUUCCUUCUCAAGUUUGUAUCGGAACGCAAAAGGUUGUUUUUCAGGUGAUCAUUCUGCCUCCCCUCCAUUUCCUCUAAGAGUAGCUUUAUAUGAGUAUUGUACUCUUUGUACUGCAGUUUGGAUUCAGUGUAGAAAUCUGUCAGGAUGAAUUUACAUGAUGUAUAAAUUGUUGAGCUGAUUGUGUCACUUCAUAGUGUCUUAAGAAAUCCUACAAUAUUUCUAUACAGUACAAAAACAAUAUUCUUGAAAAUAAACACAGAAAAAGGUUUUCUAUAAAA